AGCUUCUUCACGCGUUUUCAUUCUACAGCUGGAAGCUUCAGUUUAACUGUUUGUCAAGUCAAUCACACGACUACGAUACAUGACAAAGCUUGCCACUACCUGAAAUUUCCGGGACUUCCUUCAGCUGCUUUAUUUGUACCGUCAACCUGCAAAUACCCCCAUUUCGGGGCCACUCAACAUGGUGACCCUCGAAGAUGUCGAAGGGAGCCUCUUGCGAAAGCCCUCCGAAACUUCUCACCAAGUCCCUUCUCGGAGCGCCUCCGUUUACAAGCCCCUACAAUCCUUUGUCCUCGACAAGCAACGCUCUUACCAGCAGCAGUAUGGCGAUAUGUACUUUUUGCGCCUCACCAAGAUAAAACCAGCUGUCGAUAAAGUAGCCGCAGAGGCUUGGACAGGUACAAAGAUUGGCGAAGAGGAAGCACAGAGAGUUGAACGAGUGCUUGAUGUCCGGCAGGGAGAGCUGUGCUGGGUAACUGGCACCGUAUACAUGGAGAUGCCACUGAAGCCGAAUAUUCUGGAGGAUGUGUCCAAGGAUCGUUGGAUCUCCGCCCCUAUUCUGACACCGAAAUAUUUCUCCAAAGACGACCAGGUCAUGUUGGAGGACGAGUCGGGCCGCAUCAGGCUGGUUGGCGAUGUGCUGAAGACCGUAAACUUGGUCACAGGAUGUAUUAUCGGGGUCAUGGGUACCGAAAACGCCAAUGGCGAAUUAGAGGUCAUUGACAUCAAAUUCCCUGACCUUCCUCCGCAACCUGACCGUUGGAGCCUUUCGAAGCCCAAUUCAGAGAAGGCCAAGACAAAAGACGAAGAUGAGGAUAUGGCUGAUGCUUCUGAAACCAAGAAGGGCAACAGCAAGAUUGCUAUUGUGUCUGGCUUGUCUUUCUCAGGCACCGAUGCUUCUCACACGCUUGAGCUUGAACUCCUUUCCGAGUACUUGCUCGGUGAAGCUAUGACCCCUUUAAGUCAGAUCGAUGUCUCUCAUAUUAGCCGCCUUGUCAUAGCAGGAAACUCUAUCUCGACAACAGACCGCAAACCUCCCGCUGCAGACGAGGCGCUCCCAGAAAAGAAAGCCCAGAAGAAGUACGGCUACGACGCCAGCGCCUACAACCCACUCCCCUCUCAACUCUUCGAUGCGUUCAUUGCCGAACUUCUCCCAUCCAUUCCUAUCACGAUGCUCCCUGGUGCUCAGGAUCCAGCGAACGCUAGUUACCCGCAGCAACCCGUGCAUCCAGCAAUGUUCCCUUCGGCACGAGCGUAUGCCCGUGACCCAGCAGCUCCAGCCACCCAACCAGGCUGGUUUGACACUGUCACCAACCCGUGGGAAGCGGAGCUCGAAGGAUGGAGGUUUCUUGGUACUGGUGGCCAAAAUGUUGACGAUGUUUUCAAGUACGUCGGCAGCGAUGAUCGUCUUGGCAUGAUGGAAGCUAUGUGUCGAUGGCGUUGCUGUGCCCCGACUGCACCCGAUACGCUAUGGAGCUACCCGUUUCAGGAUGAUGACCCUUUUGUGAUGCAGACUUGCCCUCACCUCUAUUUCGUCGGCAACCAGCCACACUUCACUACAAAGGUUAUCCACGGACCUGAGGGUCAGUCAGUGAGACUUGUGACCGUACCAAGUUUUGCAGAAACAAAGGAGCUGGUGUUGAUCGAUACAGAAACACUUGAGGUGGAGAGGGUCAAGAUAUCUGCAACAUAAUGCGAUCAUAGGAUGGGCAUGGUGUAUAGAAUAGGUAUGGCGAGAUACCCCGAACCGUAGUUGAUUAAGUACGCUAAGCUACCUGUUUGAGCAAGUUGAUCGAUCAUCCAUCCGUCCACUUCUUAGC